AUGGACAUGAAACGUUACGACUGUGAAAACGGAACGUACGCCGUGUCUGUGGUAGAAACUCUCACACCACUGGCACUGCUGCUGCGUAAGGAGGACCUGCUGAGAGCGUUGCGAGAAAUCAAGCACAGUGAAGGCCUACAGUACCUGAUAUUCUGUGUGGUUGAUUUGGUGGUGCUGCAGUCAUACAUGUUUGCUAUAUCGGCAGCCGAACAAAGCCUCAUCGAACAGUUCCUACAACACGUGGAGGAGACAUACACAACUCAUUUCGUAUUUACGGCAUGCUUGCGCCACACACCGCAGGCGUUUGGCCUAUCAGACGUUCGUGAUAUUGGUGAGGCGUAUACACUGACCGCUGUCUCACGCAAGAAGCAGAUUGUGCCUGCGCUGGAGAAGGCCAUAGCCACCGUCAGAGACGCUCGUGAGAUUGGGGAGGUGUAUACACUGACCGCUGUCUCGCGCAAGAAGCAGAUUGUGCCUGCGCUGGAGAAGGCCAUAGCCCCCGUCAGAGGGAUGAGCGACGAUGAGCCGGCGAGUGAAUGCAAUAAGGGUAGCAGAUUGCGUGAUCAUGGAAAGUCUGGCGAGGCUGUGUCAGCAAGGCUUUGCGCUGAGUUGAUGAGCACAGGCAACUGUUCGAACGUAGUUGCCUUGGGUUAUCUGUGGCUGUUUUAUUAUUAUUUUAAGUUGAAAAAGCAUUCAACUGUGGUUUGUGAUUGGGCUGCUGUCUCAUUGGCUGCGCACUUUGAUCUAUGGCACGAGCAGAAAUGA